GAUGAACAUACCCCUGGCUUUGAACCAUCUAAGAUCUGAAGCGUAUAAGACGGACGGGACCGCGCGAUGAGGAUUCGUUCUCAGAUCAGACUCUCAUGACUAGCAACGCGCCAUCGUCGUCGAAGCCGGCGCGCCAGCGAUCCCCUCACUUUCCGCCACAUAACGCUCCACGCGUCUGGUUUAUCACAAGAGGAGUAUCGCCCAUUGCGAUUGCCCUAGCAAGACAAGUGCUCGAACAUGGCGACUAUGUUGUAGCAGGUGUCAUCCCCACCGAAUUUGAGAGAGGAGAAGGUCAAAGCGAGGACUUUCAGGCUUUUCUGGAAGAUGUAAAAAGAACUGAACGAUGGCGAGAGCGAAUCCGAGUCGUCAGGCUUGAUGCACGGGUUGUCAGCCAAUGUCAAGCGGCCGUUGCUGAGGCUAUCGAAGCAUUUGGUCGAAUCGAUGUCUUGUUGUGUUGUGCCAGCGAAACCCUUAUCGGAGCUGUCGAAGAGCUAGCCCAGACCAGCCGCACGAGAAGUCUCGUGAGCGAGAUCUUCGAGAUCAACUUCUUUGCCAACGUGAACAUCAUCAAAGCUGUACUUCCUCUGAUGAGAGAGAGGAAAAAUGGGCACAUCAUUGUGAUCACUGGGAUUACUGGUCAUCUCGGCACACCAGGGCUUGGGCUGUACUGCUCGUCACAAUGGGCCACUGAAGGCUACUGCGAUAGCCUUGCCUACGAGAUCGCCCCUUUCAACAUCAAGAUGUCUAUCGUCCAGGCCAGCAUGGAGGUCAACGUGCUCACGAACCGGAUCACAUCCGUACCACCGAUGCAAGAAUACCUCAACGAAGAGAACCCUGCGCCGCUCGCCCGUGAAAUCUUCUCUGGCCUCAUCGACAGACUGGAAAGCGUCAACAACCCACAAGCCUUCGUUGAGGCAAAGUCACCCGACAGCAUGUCUACCAUGAGUCCUGGUGCAGGCAACUCUGGGCCAACCAUGGGCGAUCUUCUUAGCUCUGAUAUUGUCACGUCGCUCUAUGCUCCGCUGCCAUGGGCGGUCAAGAGCUUAUUGAUAGCUGAGACAGUUCAUGCCCUCACGGCCAUUGGUGGUCACGACAAUCCUCCGGCCAGGCAUAUCGUUGGGUAUGAGGGCGUGACUGCAGUCAAAGAGAAGCUCAAGACCACCAGUGAGGAGCUUGAGGAUUUCAUCGAGGUCAGUAAUGCUGUGGACAUCGCGAAAGAUUAUGUCUCUGUAGAUCCUCUGAUGGUCGAUCAGAACAUAAUUACGCUUUGAAUAUUCGAAGCUGUGUGACAAGCAUUCAAGACCUAAUGCUGGUUCAAAGCAAAGAAAAAAUACAGACUAUGUACGCAAAGACGUGGAGAAAGCCCCGUGUUCGAACUAUGCCGCAAGUAACCUAGCCAUGACGCGUGACGUACUGCAUCUUUUUCACGACUAGCCUACAGCGGCGUCUUUCGCGCAUUAAACAGC